UGGAUGUACCAGCCCUGCGGCCGGACCACAACCGCUGCCGCCCGCCAGUCUCCCACGCACUCCCACCCAUCACCUUCAGGAGAGAAUUAAACAUGUUUUCUCACUUCAGAAUUGUUCCGAACGUUUGUUAUGGUUUGAGAAAUGUAUUUAAGUCGAAAACAAAGAGAGGAACGACAACAGUUAUGAGAUUGUUGGGUUCGUCUUCUGUCCAAAAUGCAGCAGCCGAGCCACAAGAUAACACUCCAAAUUCUUGGCCGCUGUAUCUCGAUGCCCAGGCUACCACCCCAUUAGAUCCACGGGUGCUUGAUGCUAUGCUUCCAUACCUCAUCCAUCAAUAUGGCAACCCUCAUUCACGAACACAUGCCUAUGGAUGGGAAAGUGAGAAGGCCAUGGAGAAAGCUAGACAGCAAGUUGCAGACCUCAUUGGUGCAGACAAAAAGGAGAUUAUUUUUACAUCGGGUGCCACAGAGAGUAACAACAUUAGUGUGAAAGGAGUUGCACGAUUCUACAAAUCAAAGAAACGGCAUAUAAUUACAACUCAAACGGAGCACAAGUGUGUCCUCGAUUCGUGUCGUGCCUUGGAAAAUGAGGGUUGGGAGGUGACAUAUUUACCAGUCCAGACAUCUGGCAUCCUCUCAUUGGCAGCUUUGGAGGCAGCCAUACGUCCAGACACUGCACUGGUGUCAGUAAUGAUGAUCAACAAUGAAAUUGGAGUUAUUCAGCCAAUCAAAGAAAUUGGAGCACUUUGUCAUGCUCGAAAGGUAUUUUUGCAUACUGAUGCUGCCCAAGCUGUUGGUAAAAUUCCCAUCAAUGUUCAAGAUCUAAAUGUUGACCUCAUGUCCAUCAGUGGUCACAAGCUUUAUGGUCCAAAAGGGGUUGGCUGCCUGUAUAUCCGCCGUCGACCUAGAGUACGUGUGGAAGCCUUGAUGAGUGGAGGAGGACAAGAAAGAGGAAUAAGGUCAGGAACUGUACCCACUCCUUUGGUGGUGGGCCUGGGUGCAGCCUGUGACAUUGCCAAGCGUGAAAUGCAAUAUGAUCAUGACUGGAUAACCAAGUUGUCAAACAUGUUAGUAGAAUCCCUCACAUCAAGAUUGACAAAUAUUGUUAGGAAUGGUGACCCUGAACACAGUUACCCUGGAUGUGUUAACCUCUCCUUUGCUUUUGUUGAAGGUGAAAGUUUGUUGAUGGCCUUGAAGGAUGUGGCUUUGUCAUCAGGCUCUGCAUGUACUAGUGCCUCACUUGAACCUUCCUAUGUGUUGCGUGCCAUAGGUGCAGAGGAAGAUUUGGCUCAUUCCUCCAUCCGUUUUGGCAUUGGUAGAUUUACUACAGAGGAAGAAGUCAAGUACACAGCUAAUAAAUGUGUGGAGCAUGUUAAUCGCUUGAGAGAAAUGAGCCCUCUGUGGGAAAUGGUGCAAGAAGGAAUAGAUCUGAAAAGUAUCCAGUGGUCACAGCAUUAAAACUUACCUAAAAAUUAUU